AUGCCUACCAAUCUCGCAGCAUGGAUGCCAGCACCGAAGCAACGCAUGGAAGUCUCGGAAGCGCCAUUUUCUACUCCUGGGCCCGAUGAAGUUAUCGUCAAGAAUCGUGCAGUGGCGAUCAAUCCCGUGGAUUGGGUUUUGCAAGACCAGGGCACCAGUAUGGCGUUCGGUUGGAUCAAAUAUCCUUUUGUUUUCGGCUUUGAUGUCGCUGGCGAAGUGGUUCAGAUCGGCAGCAAAGUGGUACGGUUCAAAGUAGGAGACCGUGUUCUAGGUCAGGCGCACAGUACAGACAAGAAGAUCAACAGCGCGGCAUACGGAGCAUUCCAGCUGUUUCCCGUUCUCCUGGAAAGGAACACAUCGUCUAUUCCAGACAGCUUGUCAUUUGAAUCUGCUGCAGUGAUACCUCUGGCUUGCACUACCGCUGCAGCAGGGCUGUUCGAGAAGGAUCAGCUCGGUCUGCAAUAUCCUCAACUUCACCCGAAACCGACCAGAAAGACGGUCCUUGUCUGGGGAGGCUCGACUAGCGUAGGCUGCAACGCUAUCCAACUCGCUGUUUCCGCUGGAUACGAAGUCAUAACAACAUCUUCGCCAAAGAACUUCGAUCUCAUGAGAUCCCUCGGUGCUAGCAAAGUCUUCGACUACAACGACCCCUCUACAGUCGACAAGAUCGUCGGGGCCAUGGAAGGGAAAGAAUGCGCGGGAGCCAUGUCUAUUGGAGAGAACGCAGUUUUCCAUUGUCUAGACGUCAUGGGUAAAUGUAAAGGCAAUAAGCGUAUUGCGAUGGCGACCUAUCCAAUCCCGGCUCAACCGAAGCGAUUUGUCGCACUGCAGAUUGUCUGGAGCUUCACCACUUCGAUGAUCUCUAUCAUCAUCAAGUCACAGUUGCGAGGUAUCAAGACAAGUUUCGUGUACGGAUCGGUGGCGCAUUCCCCUGUCGGCGAAGCCGUGUAUGCUGACUUCCUGCCUGAGGCACUCGCGACUGGCCGAUUCAGAGCAGCUCCCGAACCUAGCAUUGCUGGAGAGGGUCUAGAAGCCAUCCAAGGAGCUUUGGAGAUACAGAAGAAGGGUGUUUCGGCAAGGAAGGUGGUUGUAAGCCUGAAGUGA